GGUUGCACCUCCCAUCUCAAUACCGUUAUUGUUCACAUCAAAUCUGCUUCCAAUAUUGUUUUAGUCCAGACUCCAAACUGCAGAUCUUGUGCUUCCAGCUUUGCUCGUACUUGUUUGUCCUCUCUCUCUCUCUCUCUCUCUCUCUCUCUCUCUCUCUCUCGCUCUCCAUGGCAGCGGUUACGCCCAGCAAGCCACCAACUUCUGCUAUUCUCAUCACCAUUCUAAGCAUUGAUGGGGGUGGAAUCAGGGGGAUCAUCCCAGCGACGAUCCUCAGCUUCCUUGAGCUACGACUUCAGGGACAAGCACAGGUGGCCUUGUGACCGCCAUGCUCACUGCACCUGGUCCAGACAACCGACCGCUUUAUGCAGCCAAGGAUAUCGUUCCUUUCUAUCUGCAGAAUUGCCCCAAUAUCUUCCCUCAGUCUAGUGGCCUAUGGAGCAACAUCAAGAAGCUCAUCUGUGCAAUAACAGGACCAAAAUAUGAUGGCCAAUACCUCCACGAGCUGAUCAGGAGCCAGCUUGGAGAUACCAAGUUGCACCAAACGCUGACUAAUGUGGUUAUCCCAACGUUUGAUAUCAGACUUCUUCAGCCUACCAUCUUCUCUUCGUAUCAGCUGAAGAGCGACCCUUCUAAAGAUGCACUGCUGUCUGAUAUAUGCAUCAGCACGUCUGCUGCUCCCACUUACUUCCCUGCCCACCAUUUUGAAACCAAAAAUGGAAAGGGAGAGACCCUUAGGAGCUUUGAUCUUGUUGAUGGAGGCGUUGCCGCUAAUAAUCCGACCUUGGUGGCAUUGAGUGAAGUUUCCCGAGAAAUGGUAAGAGAGAAUCCGGAUUUUUUCACGGCACAACCCAACAAGGAAAGGUAUUUGGUCAUCUCUCUUGGGACGGGAUCUGCCAAGAAUGAGGAAAAAUAUAGUGCUGCAUCAGCUGCAAGAUGGGGUGCAAUGAGAUGGCUGUUGAAUGGCAGGUGCAGCCCUUUAAUCGAAACAUUCGUUCAAUCAAGCGCUGACAUGGUUGAUUUCCACCUCUCCAUGGCCUUCCAAACACUUGGUUCACAAAAAAACUAUCUGCGAAUCCAGGAUGACAAUUUAAGGGGAGAUGCAACAUCUGUUGACAUAUCAACCGAGGAAAACCUAGUCAACUUGGUAAAGGCUGGAGAAGCCCUCCUGGAGAAGCCAGUUUCACGUGUGAACUUGGAGACUGGUGUGUUUGAGCCCAUAAAGGGUGAAGGCACCAACAAAGAUGCACUAACAAGGUUUGCAGAGAAACUGUCAAAAGAAAGGAAGAGUCGCCUCAUGGUGGGAUCAACAAGUGAAACAUAUUAGACUGGAAAACCACACCGGAAACACAUCUGAUCUCGGCCUACGAUUCUUCGAGGCUGAGAGACUUGCUUUGUAUUUGCUUUGGAGUAUUAUUCUUCUGAACUUUCCAAUUGUUUAAUCUAGUGGGUUCAAAUUUUUGUCAUCAUCAACUGAAAGUCGUUGGCUAUAGUGAAAAAUAUUCUCGUUCAAUACCUACACUCCGGAUUCAUCUUUUCUCAUAUUAAACCAACUGAGAAGUUUCCGUAGUUAUCUUUUGAUCUGCUGAACAGCUGAGGAUGAGAAAUGAUGAAGAAGCUCCAAAUCAUUAGAAAACGAGAAAAAAGAAAUAAACAAGGAGUGGUAGGUUUCGUAGUCAUUGAGAAACGAAAGGGAUGAGAUGGGCUAAGAGGUCAAGUCCCAUACGAUUUUGGUUGCCAGUCGGACGUUCUU